UUCAGGUCCACCACCGCAACUGUAGCUCAGCCGAUAUAACCCUCCGUCACGCAUCAGCCUUUCGAUCCCAUAAGCGCAGCGCACACGACGCACAACCUCCCACAACACCGUCAAUCCGCAAGCCACUUCCGACGUCGCGCAGCAAGCUUCCACCACCACCUCACAGCUCAUCGACUUCUCAGCCCAAGCAGGUUUGCAAGUUUUUGGAGGUGUCAAUGUUAUCUUUUUCACCUGAAUAUGGCCCUAAGCUGAAGGAGGAAUAUGUGAUGGUGAAGCAUCUACCUAAAAUUAAAAAGGAUGAAGACUCCCGAAAGUGUUGUUUGUCCGACUGUUUUAAUUGUUGUAAUGACAAUUGGCAGAAGGUGUGGGCUGUACUGAAACCUGGAUUCUUGGCAUUGCUGGCACAUCCUUUUGCAUCUCUCCACAGUCAUAGCAUGUGCCUCUCUCUAGAUGAUUCUCCUCUCCAAAGUGUUAAAAGUUGCUUUGUUGGAAGAGAUGGUGUGAGGCAUUUGAUUUUGUGUAGGGUGAUUUUAGGAAGAACGCAGAUUGUGAAACCUGACACAAAACAAUGUUAUCCGAGCUGUGAGGAUUAUGAUUCUGGUGUGGAUAGUUUUUCAGCUCCAACCAAGUACGUGAUUUGGAGUAGUAGAAUAAAUACUCAUGUUUGGCCUGCAUAUGUUAUAAACUUCAGGGUUCCUUCAUUCAAAGGAGGAUCAAAUCCCAUUCACCAGAGGCUGCAGCUUCUUUCAGUUAGCAAAAGUAGAAGAAAACGUGACAAUAAAGAGAGCUAAGAUAUUUAUCGAAUCACUAGUCAAACCUAGAAGCAUAGUUUUGUCUAUGUUGAAGGCUGUGACCUCAUUGUAUGAUGACUUUUCAAAAGCAACAGAAUGAAUACUUGGAAUGCUAUCAACCUAUUCAUGGGAUGCCAAAGUGGUGAUAGCAUUAGCAGCAUUUGCAGCCAACUUAGGAGAAUUUUGGCUUGUUGCUCAACUUCACGCCACCAACCAUCUUGCUAAGUCGGUUGCAUUGUUAAAGCACAUUCAUGAAACACUGAAUCAAGUUGAUGAUUUAGCACAUACAUGCUUUGGAACACUGUUAUGAUGCAGAUGACAACAAACAAAAAGAAGUAUUUGAAACACUUCAGCGUGGACCGAAACGAAGCUGAAGUUCGAGAGGCUACAAUCAAUGAUGCCAUGGUACUCAGUUUAUAACCCUUCGCACAGCUGGAGGGUUCGAAUGCAAUUCGGUUAACUGAUGCAGCAGGUACCUGAAUAUGUGAUGCUGAGUUGUGGUUUUGUUGGCAGGCUGAUUUGUGCAGGGCUCAUGGUUCAGCAUAGUGAGGUUGGAAUGUGCUGAGUGUCUUGGACUGAAUUUCCUGGAUCGUUUCGAUUUGGCAGGUUAUUACUCUGAAUUCAUUAAUGCAUAAUUCAAGUCUGUUUUGGAUUGAAUGAUAUUGAACGAGUUAUGAUGUGCAUAUGGAAAUGAAUGGUAUGGUUUGAUUUAGUGUAUGGUUUAAGAUUGUUAAUGUGUAUAUGGUGAAAAUGCUGCCUUGUGUGAUCCUGUUCUGACUUAUGAAUUGUGUUGAUGUUUAACUUGUGGUGCUUCCUUUUGGUUAUGAAUAUAGGGUUUGAUGAGGCUGCAAUGUAUUUUCUACAAAUGAAUGUAUAUGACCGUGCCUUUGGUUUAUGUUUGGAUUGUAUAAGUAUUAUAUGCAGACUUGCUGCAGUAGUAAGUUAGAGUCGAAUUAGGGGUUGGUUUUAAUGUAUGGUGAUAUGGUUGGAUACAAGUCUGAACUUGGUUAUUUUUUUAUGGUGAUGUUGUUAGCUUUAGUAGGUUACUGAGUUUAUUUAAAUAGGUUGCAGUGGUUUUAGUUGCAAUCCUCACAGCAUGUUGAAGCAAUGUUUUCAUAUAAUGAUUGUUUGUACUUACAGUUUCUCAUACAAUGUGGGUAUCAGAUUGUUUCUGACGUUAAUAUAUCCUUGAAAUAUCCUUUUUCCCCUUUUCUUUUAAAGAAAUUAUAUUUUGACUUCAAAUUCGACAACAAAUUAGAGGGAGCAGAGAGCAGACUGUUAUGGAUAAACUAUUUCUACACAUACUGUGGUUUUGUUAUUUCUUAUAACUUUCACUGCUGUAGCACAGAGAAUGAACAUUGACUCUCAGUUAAUUUGAUAUUAAUGACCUCUUUUUGAUCUCACUAAUUGAUUGAUCUGUCACUGAUGGAUCACACCUCUUUUUUCAUAUUGCACAUAUCAAUCUUUUGCCCAAUUGAUUUAGAGAGUGCCUUAUUCUGGUGUUUGCCUAGAUGAGUGAUUCUCAUGUUUGGCUUUAUCAAGCAGUGGUUCAUGUUGAGUGGCCUUGAUCAUAAUACCUCACAACUGGUAUUUAGACCCAGGUUCGAGCUCUCUUUUAUCACAAAAUGCAUUUUUAUUUGUUGUUUUUUAUUGCAGACCUUUUGAGUUUGUUUGUACUCAUCAAGAUUCUUCUUUGUUCUUCCAUUCUUGUCCUAUCAAUUUGUUUCCUUGGGAUGGACAUGAGUUUGAACUUUAAACCGCCAUCCAUUUCGAAGUUUGAACUUUUCAUUUUCAAUUUAGUUUAUUUAAUUUAUUAUUAUAUAUAAUAAUAUGAGAAUGAACAAUUCAUGGCUUUUCAUUUUCAAUUUAGUUUAUUUAAUUUAUUAUUAUAUAUAAUGAUGCUGUUAUGCUAUGAAACAUUAACAGUAACUUUGAAGAGUUAAUGAUAAAUGGAAAUUUGGUAGAAACAUGAAUUGUUAGACAACUUCUGUCAACUUAUCCUAACACGACAGUCCUACAUUCGGAGGCACAGGUACAAAUUGUUUCCUACCUUUUCAAAAUGAAAGCAAAAGCAUCAUACUGCAAAAAGCAUCAUACUGCAAGAUUAGUUGUUAUGUCUAUUAUGUCUCCAAAAAGCUUCUUUAGGUGUCAUUAUAUAAUUAAUUAGCUUCUUUUGAUUUAUUUCUAGUUUAUUAUACUAAUGGUUUUCCAUUGAUGACAUUGCAGGGAUAUGCUGAUGAAUGUUAAUUGUCUAAAGCAGCCAUAAGAAGAAUGAACUAUAUUGUGGUGAUUCAUCAAGUUAACAAAAACACCGAAUAUUGUUGUGAAGUAUUGUCGCACGCUCGCGAAAAUGUGAACAGAGUCGCCACCAAUAUAUUUAUCCCAUAAGCGGGAAAGGAAUAUCAGAAAACCUGGAAUAAGGAAAGGAUAAGGUCUUGCGACCAGAGAUAGGGUACGGAAGUCGGUUACGCAAGGGGAAGGUACUAGCACCCCUCACGCCCAUCGUACUCGAUGGUAUCCACCUAUGUUUGUUGCUAUCUAAAGGGUGUAUAAAUCUAAAGCUUAAUUACUAAGGGGAUGCAUGCAAAUGAAUGAAAAGAAACACGGGGAAAAUAAGGGUUAUAAAUAGUUGUGCUCGCUUAGGCCCCGCGACCUAAUGGCUACGUAUCCUUUUCAGGAAUCAGAGCGCCGUAGUUCGGCUCUUUAGUUUUUGUUUGUUUUUGUGUUUUUUAGUUGAACAGUUACAUUCGCACUCCGCUGCUCGACCUCUGGAGUCUUAAGCUGGGAAUGGAGCGGAAAUAACGUGUCCGAUUAGGAGAAAGAGUGCCCUGAAGGCAAGAGAAAGAAUGCCUCGGAGGCAAGAGAGAGAAGAGGAAAAAUUGGUUUGUGUCUUUUAUGUGUGAUUCCAUGAUGGACGAAAACCUACUACAAGGCAUCGCAUCACUUCCUCACUUUGAUUAGCUCUGAGCCUUUAUUAGA